AUGCAUGUUGAAAUAUACAGCAUAGACUAUGCAAACGAGCGGGGAAAGGAAAUCCAAGAGAUUGAAAGAAGCAUAGCGGAGACAAAAAAGAACAAAAUGCUAUUUCAGGCGCUUCCGUUCCACAAGCGAAGGAGGACCGCGUCCUUUGACGAGAGAAGGCUUCCCCGGGAAUGCCGGAGAGGGGAGAGAAAUAAGCGGCGGCGGAUUAAGCAGACGGUGAAGGACCAGGAGACUCUGCUGAAGGCGCACACGUGGUACGCAAAGAGGUUUUUCAUGUACAAGCGAUCAGACAUGGCCGUUCCUUUCAAGCGGCACUCAAAGAGCGAAGGCUUCAUUGCAAAGGCGCUGAAGACCAGAGGCGUGCUUUGCGACGCUUCCUACAACAAAGUGUUUGUCUCCGAGAAAGCGCGCCCGUGCGGGGCUGUGUUUGACGGAGAGUAUGCCCGGACUUUUUCCUGGAGCGCGCCAGCAGAAGACAAACCAGAGAAAGACGGCGAAAAAAGCGUCAUUAUUGCCGAGAGGCCAGCGCGCCUGGGGGACACGCCAGAGCUUAAGGAGGUGAAAGGGCUUUCUGUGUUUGAGGUGUUUGGGGCACAAAGCAUGUUUUGCAAGGAUGCGUUUAUUAACUGCACGUCUGUGGAGGCGCUCCUGGACGCAGAAAAGCUUGCGUACGUGUGCAUGCGAGACAGAGACAAGUCUUACGUGCUUGUGCCCAGAAGGCACUGCAUGGAGCUGCUGCAGAAGGCUGUCGUCGCGGGCAUUGUCCCGUGCAGCAUACAGGAGCUUCAAAGAAUUGCAACAGAAACCGAAAAGGUUGUGUAUCCGUACGACAUUCCGCAGAAUGCGGAAGGAAAGGCCUUUUUAGAGCACAUGGCGCAGACGCAUAAGGAAGAGCAGGAGAAAAAGCCAAAAGGAAAGCGGGAGGUUGUUUUUGGGCCUCUCUAUGAAAAGCCUCUGGCAGAGCAGAAAAUGCUUUUGUUUGUGGCGGAGAAAGGAAGCUUUCCGCGCCGCUCGCCUGUUGCUGUAAGCACCCGCACAGAGGACUUUGUUAUGGACGGGAGCGAGAACGUGGUGGGCGAGGUAGGGCGGUCGUCUUUCUGCUUUGCCAAAGGCAAAACCACGGGCGUAAUGUACGUGGACGAGGAUGUGCACGCAGAAAAGCAUCUGUUUGUCCGCAACUUAAAGAACAAAACGUUUCGAAGGGUUGAGUGCACGCCCGUCACACACGACAUGAUUCUAUAG